UUUGGGAAAACUCAAGAAAAAAUAGCUGCUAGUUGCAACUACGCCCUCAUGUUUUGAAAAGUAAGAUCUAUGUACUUGCUUAGGAUGAUACAUAAUUCUUAUUCUCCUUUUCUCUACACUCUCUCUCUCUCUCUCUCUCUGUCCCCCUCUUUUUCCCAACCUUCCUGUCUCUAGUCUUCGGUAGCUACAUAAUUGAUUUUGAGAUUCAAUGGAUUUGGUGAAGCUGUGUCUUUCACCUUUGUGUUCUUGCAUGCAAAGCCCUGUUGUGCGUCAGGACAUGAGCCAUGUAUUCUCCACCAAAGAGAAAAUUGAUGAUUUGAAGAACGCCAUGGAACAACUCUUAGCGAAAAGGAAUGAUAUUCAGAGAGAGCUUGAUGAUCCUCAGAACAAGGGGAAACUACUACGCGAUGAACUUCAACUCUGGCUUCGUAAUGUUGGAGAAAAGGAAAAUAAGGUAGAACGAUUAUUGGAUGAAUAUCACAAAAGUAAUUGUGUUGCAGGCUCUUGUUCUCUAAAUUGUUUUUCAAGAUAUAAGAUUAGCAUUGAUGCAAACAAAUUAAAAGAGGAGAUAAAUCAGUUGACAACAAAACAGCCAGAAAUCAAAUUUACCGACAUACCACCGCCUAAACCAGUCCCUGAAUCAUAUAGAACAGUGGGGAAAAAAAUUAGCUCCAACCUUGAUAUGGCUCGCAGUUACCUGGCAGAUGAAGCAGUCGGAAUGAUCGGCAUAUGGGGCAUGGGGGGUGUAGGCAAGACCACACUCUUGAAAAAAAUCAACAAAUCAUUGUUAGAUGAUGCAAACAUGGGAUUCAAUCAUGUGUUAUUUAUCGAAGCUUCGAAAGAUAUUCAGUUGGAAGAACUUCGAAAACAGAUUACUGAAAGUUUGCAAUUGCAGGGUGCUGGUAAAAAUGAUACCCUUAAUGUUUUAAAAAUUAGCAACUUUGUAUUGCUCUUGGAUAAUAUAUGGGAAGAAGUGGAUCUUAUUGAUCUUGGAAUUCCCCAUCCUUAUAGCGACGAUAAUUCCACCAAGCAAUAUAAACACAAAGUGAUUUUCACUACUCGAUCUGAAGAUGUGUGUGCCAAGAUGGGUGCAGGAGAAAAUACCAUCAAAGUGGAAUGCUUGCAAUCAGAUGAAGCAUGGGAUCUUUUCAAGGACAAUGUAAAUCUAGCUGUUAUUGAGUCAGAUGAAAAGUUUAAAGAAAUAGCAUGGCAGGUGAUGGAGAAGUGUGGUGGUUUGCCACUUGCUCUGAAAGUGGUUGGUAAGGCCAUGUCAAACAAAAAAACUGUCCAAAAUUGGGUAGUUGUUUUGAACAAGCUAGAGCAAUCAGAUACUCAAGUAGUUCAAGGUGUGCAGGAAUCAUUGUUUCCAUUUUUGAAACUCAGUUAUGAUAAUCUAACUGAUUAUUUCAAGCAGUGUUUCUUAUCUAUUUGCAUGUUGCGAGGACAACAUAAACAUAAUAUUCUAGAGUUUUUGAUGGGAUUAGGCUUGAUUCGUGAUUUUGACAAUUUCCAAGAAGCUUAUGGCACAGGAGAAAAUAUCCUUAAGGUUCUAGAGGAAUCAUGUUUAUUGUCUUCUGAUGAUGAUGUUGUGAGCUUACAUGAUGUAAUUUAUGAGAUGGCAGUGUGGAUAGCAUCAGACAGUGGGAGGAACAUGAAUAAAUGGAUAGUGAAAACUUAUGAUUGGUUCCCAGUUGAACUACCAGCAAUCAAUACAGAGAAUUGGAGAUUCGCGAAACGAGUGAUUAUAAGCGGCAAGGUGGAGCUUUUGCCAAUUUUGUCUCAUCAGUGUUCUGAUUUGUUGUGUUUAAUGAUACAAUUUAAUUCUUGGUUCAAAAAUAUUCCUGAAGGGUUUUUCAGACAGAUGCCAAAUUUGACAUAUUUGGAUCUUCAAAACACUGGUAUUGAAGAGCUUCCAAAGGGCAUCAAAUGUUUGGUUAAUUUGCAAUCCCUAAACAUAUCAAGCACAAAUAUCUCAUCACUUCCAAAGGAGUUGGUACAUUUGAUGAAAUUGCAAUAUUUGAUAUGCGGAUAUUUGAAUGGGCUUGGCAAGGUAGAGGAAAAUCUCAUGUCAAGAUUACAGAAUUUGAAGAUCAUGGACGUAUUUCCAUCAGGGUGGGUAGACCUGAAAGAGUUAAAGAAAUUGAAGAUACAUGUCAAAGCCAUAGGAAUGCGAGUAGUAUCAAAAGAGGUUCUCCAACAACUCUCAUGUUUCCCAACUAUGCGGCUUUGUCUAUACAAUUUGGAUAUCAUCUCUCUUUCAUUUGACACUUUAAGUUGCAAAAAUCAUGGAUUUCUGCAGGAACUAAGAAUUGAAUCAUGCCCACAGCUUAAGGAGCUUGUGAUGGAUGGAAGUAGGAGUCAUCUCAAUUACCUCAGUAUCCUUAAUGUCAAAAAACUGCAGAACAUUUUUUGGAAAGAUCUAUCGCCUCGAGAAUUUUUUCAUGUGUUGAAGAUGUUACUUAUAUCAAGAUGUAAUUUGGAUAAUUUAGCUUGGGUCCUUCAUCUCCCAUGUUUAUCUUGGUUAGAAAUAAAAGAUUGUGCAGAGAUAGAAACGUUGUUUUACAUCGAGGAAGAGAGAGAAAUCCAACAACAAGAAGUCUCAGAACACCGCCCAACAUUCCCUGCAUUGAAAUUUCUAAUUAUAAAAAAGCUACCAAAAUUAGUGAGCAUAAGCAAUUUUGCAUUGGAUUUCCCUCAACUUUCAUUACUUCAUGUGGGUGAAUGUCUUAAUCUAAAGAAGUUACCAUUCAAGAGUGGCAUUAACAACAAUCAAAGAAUUAUAGACAUUGAUUGUGAGAGAGAAUGGUGGGAAAGCUUAGAGUGGGAUGAUGCCACCAUCCCAUCUCACCUUCGGCCACGUUUAUUACUUGGGUGAGAACAGUAAUAAAUCCAUGACUAGUGGAAGUGAAUGAAAGGUCUUUGAGUUUCUCUGUUUUUGUCUGCACAAGUUAGAGAUCAUCUCAUUCUCAAAACAAGUCUUUAAUUUCCUGGGUUUUACAUCUCCAAAAGCCUCUCAUAACUACAACUUCUCUUCGCGAUUAAUCUGUGACCUACCAAAUUUACUGUGCAAUUAUGCUCUGGAUUACUCUUGUGUUGUUUCUGGUUUUUUCUUCUCAAAUCUGAACACUUUGAUUAGUUUUUAAUUUAUGCCGGUGUGAAGACAUAUUAUUAUUUGGUUUCCAAGUUUGAGGUUAAAGAGUAAAACAAAGGCAAAAGGUGUUACUUGGUAAAUGUAUUGCUGCAGUUGAUAAAGCUAUUUAUGGAAAAAGAGGCUUUGGCACUUAAAAAAAGAGUUUUUAUUGAGAUCAAAAUGCAUGGAGAUUCUUUAUGUAUUCUGGUAGUGAUAGCAAGAGUCUACUCAUCAAGCCAAGGUAAACCUAUUCGAUGAUCAAAAGUUUAAUAUUGGAAUACUAAAGAAGCAUUGGGUCUUUUGUUACAGCAGUUUAUGAUAAGGUGUGGACAAAUGUGUUGCUAGCUUGCUAGUGGGAAAUGAAGUGCAUGGUGCUUCCUUGAGUAUAGCAAUUCAACAACUUGAGGAUCAUGAGAACCAGAUCAUCUAUCUCUUCCAAGAUCCAACAACCUGAUGAUUAAUCAAAGCUUUGAUUUCACAAUGUAAUGUUGUUGAAUUCAGGUUAGGGAACAAGAUAGGAUAAGUUUGGCAAUGCAUAACUUUAAUCGAGUGAAUAGUCAAAUGGCGAAAUUUGGACAGCUGAAAGAUUAUAUCAGGCUCAUCAGUAUUUAUUAUAUGAUUGAAUUGCUC